GUCUUAGGUCUUUGAAGUUGCCGUCAUGAACACUCGCGUGUCGGACAGUACGUGAAAGCAGCACGAGUGACGCGCUGCCCUCGUGACGGCGCAAACAUGGCGGGUGACGGAGAGUCGCUGGAGUCCUGGCUCAACAAAGCCACCAACCCUUCUAACAGGCAGGAGGACUGGGAGUAUAUAAUGGGAUUUUGUGACCAAAUCAAUAAGGAGCUGGAAGGUCCACAAAUAUCCGUUAGACUGCUGGCUCACAAGAUUCAGUCGCCUCAAGAAUGGGAGGCCAUGCAAGCGUUACUGGUUCUUGAGGCCUGUAUGAAGAACUGUGGGCGCAGGUUUCACAAUGAAGUUGGAAAAUUUAGGUUUUUAAAUGAAUUAAUUAAGGUGGUCUCACCCAAAUACUUGGGAGAAAAAGUAUCAGAAACCGUGAAGACAAAAGUAAUCGAGAUGCUGUACAGUUGGACGCUGUCAUUACCAGAUGAAGCAAAGAUCUGUGAAGCUUAUCAGAUGCUGAAAUCGCAGGGUAUUGUUAUAGGUGACCCAGAAAUUUCUCCUGAUGCUACACUAAUACCGUCGCCCUCUCCUCGACCCAGGAAUCCUGUGUUUGAUGAUGAGAAGAAGAGUAAGAGACUAUCAGAGCUGCUGAAGAGCAAAAAACCUGAAGAUCUGCAAGAGGCUAAUCGUCUUAUCAAGAAUAUGGUGAAGGAGGAUGAAGUCAGGAUGCAGAAAGCUGUAAAGCUAAAAAGUACACUGGAGGCAGUCAGCAACAGUGUCAAACUCCUUAAUGAGAUGCUUGCUCACUUCAGCCCAGACGACUCUGCAGAAGAAGACAAGGAACUCAUUAAGGAGCUUUAUGCCGACUGUGACAAACUUAGGCAGUCAGUGUUUAACCUUGCUACUGAGACGGAAGAUAAUGACUCCAGUCUGGGAGAAAUCCUGCAGGCCAGUGAUGACCUCUCCCACUGUAUUAAUUCCUAUAAGAAGAUUGUGGAAGGACAGAAAAUAAAUGGAGAGACUGAAGAAGCACAACCACCAGCCAGACGAGGCACUGGCAGCACACACCAUUCAGAGAUUUUAAUCGACCUGACUGGUCUAGGCGUCCAAAGCCCCUCUCCAGCGGAACAACAACCCCUGGCCGCUCCUCUGCCUCUUCCUGCUGGCUCGCUGUGUGGCUCUGCUGCUGCUGACCGUCAGUCUGAAAACCUCCACGCACCCUCUGCUGCACUCUCUCUGCUGGAUGAAGAACUACUGUCUUUAGGCCUUGGUGAACCUGUUUCUACUACACCUUCUUUAACAAACCAUGGAAACCUCAAUCAGAUACAGGAUUCCAGUCAGGAGUUGCAUCUCUUUGACACUGCUUCAUCUUCUGGUCCAACCGUUUGUACACCUUCACUUAUUCCAGAUGUCCUCUCUGCGACCGUUGCUCCAGUUACCACUGUCAAGUCCUCCACAUCUUCCUUGAGCUUUCCUGAUCCGGUCUUCACUACAUCCCCUGUUUCUAUAGAAACCGUUUCAACACAAUCAGUCCUAUUCCCACCUCCAAACAGUUCAUUACUGACCUCCUGUGUGCCAGCUGCCUUGUCUCAGUCAUUCAGCACGGCUUCUCCUGCUCCCCAAUCUACACAUGUCACAGGACAAAAGGUGUCUACUUCACAUGGAGCUUUGCAGUCUCCUUCAUCUUCUCUCAGUCACAAUCUGCAAGAUCUUGCCUUGCUGGAUCUGGGCAAUGCUAAAAUUCCACACAGUACACCCAUUGUGAUGACAGACUUCGGCAGCUUGCUGGCCAAGACUGAUGGUCUCCCCAUCUCUAGUACUUUGUCUAGCGGUACUUUUUUUUCCACAACAUCCACCUGCACACCAGAGAAGAGUGUGGCAGACGACAGCCCUCUUUUGCGCUCUCUGUCUCCCCUCCUAACCCUGAGCGAGGCUAGUCCAGCCAGGGGACAGGAAGCAUCCCUGGCUAGUGUCUUUGUCCCAUUGGAUGCCAUCAAGCCAAGUAAAAUGUGUCCUGUGACAGCCUACGACAAGAAUGGCGUCCGCCUACUGCUGCAUUUUGCUGCCGACUGCCCACCAGGCAGACCUGACGUACUGGUGAUGGUGGCAUCCAUGCUUAACACGGCCCCGUUGCCAGUCAAAGGCAUUGUUCUGCAGGCUGCUGUACCCAAGACCAUGAAAGUGAGGUUGCAGCCACCAUCGGGGACAGAGUUGGCUCCCUUUAACCCAAUCCUUCCCCCUGCUGCCAUCACUCAGGUCAUGUUGCUUGCCAAUCCUCUCAAGGAGAAAGUUCGCAUGAGAUACAAACUGACAUUUCUGCUUGGAGAGCAGGCACUCACAGAGGUGGGGGAGGUGAACGAAUUUCCACCCGCUGAUGAAUGGGGGGCUCUAUAGCCCUGCAUAAACCUCCAAUAAAACGGCCACAAACUACAACACAUAUUUAAUCAAAUAGUUGGUCUGUUUAACUUGAAGGUCUUACACCUAAGUGGACUUUGGAGGUAUGUUUCUGCUAAGGUGGCCAACUACAGUAGCAUAGUAGUACUGUAAGCAUACACUAUAGCAGUCCUAGACGUAGUGAGUCUGGUGCUACAGUACAAUAAGUAGUGUUAAAUGAUUAAACACAAAUGGUUAAGUUACUAUUAUUUUAACCUUUUCAUUCAUUUAAUUGUCUUUUAUCUUUUUAAAUAUCUUUUCUACUGUUUGGAGAAUACUUUCACUUUUGGAUACCAGUCAGUCUUAAGGUAGAGCUGAAACACAUGUUCUGAGUUCUGGGGUCACACAGCCCUGUAACCACAAUGUUUAACCUGAUGAGCUGUUGGUCUUUAAGAAACUAGGUGAAGUUAUUUUAGAAGUAGACAAGAGCUUAUUUGUUGUUAUGUACAAUGCACUAGUUGAUUUAUCAUCUGUUACUCUCAGCUGGAUUCAACAAUUGCUGCUGUACACUGUUGUCUGAGUUCUCUACUAAGACAUCACUCAGACCUUUUCUGUAUUGUGUUGGAGUUUAGUAUUUAUUGUAAUGAAUGUAUUAUUUAUUUUACUUCUUUGUGAUAUUGCAGUGUACUGCACAGAAUACUGAUUUAGCACUUUCAGUAUUGCAGCUACGGGUGUUUGUGUCAAUGCUACCAAAUAUACAGACGAGCCGUUACUAACAUGAUAUGUUACAUUAUAUAGCAACAGUGGUUUGAGCGCCAGACAUUGUUUUAGACUACAUGUAAUUAAACCAGCAUAAAACCCCACCGAGCAUAAACUGUAUAAGUGCAUUUGGUAGUGCAGCUCAGUGGAGAGUUAAUCCUGGGAGGCAAGCAAAUAACAGGAAAAUAAUUAAAUGAAGUAAAUAACAUUUACCUUUUCAUAUGUUUUGCCACAUUCCGGAAAGCAAACCUUACCUGCACCAGCAAGAAAUGUAAAGCUUGUGUGGGAGCUUUGUAUAUUGAACAAGAACAAGCCUUGGGAAAACAUAUCUGUAAUUAAAACUGUCUGUCUUUCAAGCAUUGGAUUUAUGCUGAUGCUAAUGUUUGUCUUUCUGGGAUUGUAUAUGAGAGUUGCUACAUAUUUCUUAAUUAAAUAUUUAUUUGUCUUAUAUAUUCAAUAAACUUCUUAUUGCAUAUUUCUUGAAAAGCUAUUUCUGUGCAUGGGCAAAAUAAAGGUUCUGACGGUUAUAUUUGUAUAA